CGCCUCCCUCAUCCAUUGAGAUUCCCACACUGUGCUGUCCUAAUCUCCUCCCAUCACUGGUCUGAGGGUCUCAGAGAAUCUUCCUGGUGGUGGCUCAUCAUCAUCCCUGUGGACUCAGGACUCCCACGCCCCGCUUGGCCUUCCAUACACACAGGCUGGUCUGAAGGCACCUACUCACCUCUAGCUUUUGAUUCACUCACUCUUAUCUUGGGACCCGGCUCAAGAUGCCAGAGCCAGCGAAGAAAGAUGAGAUGCCCAAUGGUGAAAAAGAGAGUGUUGCCCCAGACAGCAUUGAGGUGCCCAUGCCUACACCUGAGAUAUCCUUGGAGGUUUCGCCUCCACCCGCAGAGGCUGUAGCAGUACAACGGGUAGAGACUUUGGGCAAGGAUCCAGACCCAAUAGAUGUGCCUAAGCCUGUAGAGCCUCUAUCUGUGGUGGCUAAGGAACCUGAGCCAAUAGAGAAUGGAUCUAAAGAACCAGAGAUGGUUGUGUUUGGGGCUAAAGAGCAAGUUGAGGCUCCUGUGACGGAGGUCAAGGAGGAGGCCCCCGCACUUCCUUGCUCACCCCCACCGCCUGCGACCCCCUUAUCUACAGUGAAGGAGGAAGAUGAGCCAGUUACAGUGGUAACACAACCUCCACCUCCAGAACCUGUUGUUACAGUGCAGAUUACCACACCUCCACCCCCACCUCCAGAACCUGUUGUUACAGUGCAGAUUACCACACCUCCAACCCCACCUCCAGCAGACAAAGACGAUGCUACAAACAACACUCCGUCACCACCCCCCCCACCAGAGGGUGCCAAUACAGUCAAGAAACUCUCUAUUGACCUGCCUAAUGAUAGCGUCCCUGUGUCAGCCAUGGGGAGAAAAGACUCAGUGUGGUCUCUGGGAGAAGGAAUGGCCCCAGAGGACCUCGACAAGCCCAUAGACACCCCACCGCUGUCCAGCCUGCUCAUAGAAAAACCCCAGAGUGGCUCCAUCCAUGUGGGUGAAGACAUCACCUUUGUUGCCAAGGUGGAAGCCAAAGAUCUGCUCCGUAAACCAACCAUAAAGUGGUUCAAAGGAAAAUGGAUGGACUUGGCCAGCAAGACUGGGAAACACUUACAACUGAAGGAAAGCUUUGACCGACACAGCAAGAUUCACACAUUUGAAAUGUACAUCAUCAAGGCCAAAGAAAACUAUGCUGGAAACUACAGGUGUGAGGUAACCUACAAGGACAAAUUUGACAGCUGCUCUUUUGACCUGGAAGUGAAAGAACUCGAACAAUCACAGAAUGUUGAUAUUCGGUCAGCUUUCAAAAGAAGCAGUGAAGGACAAGACGAUGCAGGGGAGCUUGACUUUAGUGGUCUUCUUAAACAUAGAAACCAAAGGGAGCACAAGCAGGAGGAGGUGCCAGAGGUGGAUGUGUGGGAGAUCCUGAAGAUGGCUCGGCCAGAUGAGUAUGAGAAGAUUGCCUUUGAAUACGGCAUCACCGAUCUGCGGGGCCUGCUCAGGAGGCUGAAAAAGACCAAGAAAGAGGAGAAGAAGUGUGAAGCUUUUGCCAAGAAGUUGGAUCCAGCAUACCAGGCGGACAAAGGAGGGAAGAUCCGUUUUGUUGUGGACCUUGCAGACCCCACAUUAGAUGUGAAAUGGUACAAGAAUGGCCAGGAGAUCCGUCCCACUCCAAAUCAAAGGAAGUACAUCUUUGAGCACAAAGGAACACAGCGGAUCAUGAUCAUCAACAACUGCAGUCUGAAUGAUGAUGCUGCCUAUUCAGUAUCGGCGGGUGAAGACAAAUGUACCACAGAGCUGUUUGUCAAAGAAUUACCAGUGAAGGUUACUAAAGGGAUUGAGCCAAUUAAGACGACAGUGAAUGAGCGGAUUGAGUUGGAGUGUGAAGUGUCUGAAGAAGGUGCUCAAGUGAAGUGGUGUAAGAACGGCGUAGAAGUCCCAACUGGCCCCCGGUCCCGCUACCGUGUUAAGUCUGAGGGGACCAAGCACUGGUUGAUCAUUGAUGAUGCCUCAAAGGAGGACACAGGAACCUUCUCCCUCAUGGCCUCUGGGGGCACAUCUGAGGCCAAAGUCCAAGUUGACUUGAAGCCCCUGAAGAUUAUUCAAGAUCUGCAGGACACGACAGUGCUUUUGGGCCAGCCCCUGAAGCUGCACUGUGAGAUCUUUCCAGGGAAUGUUCCAGGUCGCUGGUACCGAAAUGGGCAGCUGAUCCAGUCCAGCGACCACAUCAAUAUCCUCCAAAGAGCCAAGAACCACCGAUUAGAAAUUGCGAGUGCCACCAUUCACGAUGCAGGGGACUACACCUUUGUGCCAGAGGGAUACACCCAGAGCCUCUGUGCCAAAGUUCAUAUCAUUGAUCCUCCCAGGGUGCACCUAGACAGCUUAAACUUCCCCGACAACACAGUGACCAUUGUGGCAGGAAACAAACUGCGUGUGGAGAUACCCAUCAGUGGAGAACCAGCACCCAGGGUGGUGUGGAUGAAGGGAGAGAGGGUAAUCCUUGAAUCAGGCAAUCGCGUGCGUGCUGAAACCUUCUCAGACCAAACCAGCCUUACCAUCGACAUCACAGAGAGGGAAGACACAGGAAACUACAACAUAGUUUUGCAGAACGAGGCUGGAGAAGCAACGGCUAGCAUCAAAGUCAAAGUGGUGGAUAUCCCCGACCCCCCAGAAGCGCCCCUGGUCCCGGAGAUAGGGGGAGACUGGUGCUCCAUGACAUGGGAACCCCCAAUCUAUGACGGAGCCUCACCCAUUUUAGGCUACUUCAUUGAAAGAAAGAAGAAGCAGAGCUCCAGAUGGAUGAGGCUGAAUUUUGACUUGAACAAAGAGACCACAUUUGAGCCUAAGAAGAUGAUAGAGGGUGUCCCGUACGAGGUGCGCGUCUUUGCUGUGAAUGCCAUUGGUGUGUCUAAACCCAGCGAGCCAUCCAAAGCUUUUGUGCCCCUGGCCGUGACCAGCGAGCCCACCAUGCUGGUGGUGGAUGAUGUAACAGACACCACAGUGACCAUGAAGUGGCGUCCCCCAGACACCAUCGGAGCUGCCGGUUUAGACGGCUACCUGGUGGAGUAUUCCAUCGAAGGAACUGACGACUGGAAAGUAACCAAUACGGAACUGACAGAGAAGACUAAGUACACUAUCACAGGCCUCCCUACAGAGGCUAAGAUCCUGGUAAGGGUAAGAGCCAUCAACGCUGCCGGCGCCAGCCUUCCAAGAACACUUCAGCACUCUAUCUUGGUCAAGGAGGUCAUCGAACCACCUAAGAUCCGCAUUCCCCGACACUUGAAGCAGACAUUCAUUCGUAAAGUGGGAGAAGCCGUUAAUCUAGUUAUUCCGUUCAUGGGAAAGCCCAGGCCGAAAGUGAGCUGGCUUAAGGACAACGAGGCAGUGGACCCAACGCAGGUCAGCAUCCGCAACACAGACUGUGACAGCAUCAUCUUCAUCCGUAAGGCCGAAAGAAAACACUCUGGGCAGUACAACAUGAAGGUGGAGGUGGAGAAGCACAUGGACACGGCCGUUGUGGACAUCCAGAUCGUAGAUCUGCCAGGGCCUCCACAGUGUGUCAAAAUUGAGGAGGUCUGGGGGGAAAACGUGGCCCUGGACUGGACUCCUCCAAAGGACAACGGCAACGCCGCCAUUACAGGCUACACCAUCCAGAAAGCGGACAAGAAGACCAUGGAGUGGUACACAUGUUUGGAGCACUAUCAUCGCACCUGCAUCACCAUCACAGAGCUGGUGGUGGGGAACGAGUAUUACUUCAGGGUUUACUCUGAGAACAUGGUGGGUCUGAGCGAGUGUGCCACCCAGACCAAGGACAGUGCUCUCAUUGUUAAAGAAGGAAUGCACAUGAAGAACCCGGAGUACAUUGACCACGACUUCACUGAGCCUCCCAAGUUUACCCAGCCCCUAGUCAACACGUUUGCAAUCGCUGGCUACAACGCUACCCUCCACUGCAGCGUUCGUGCCAACCCUCGGCCUAAAGUGAUUUGGAUGAAGAAUAAGAUAGCCAUCAUUGAUGACCCGCGUUACCGCAUGUUUAGCAACCAAGGGGUUUGCACCCUAGAGAUCCGGAAACCCAGCCCUUACGAUGGUGGCAUGUACUCCUGCAAAGCCAUUAAUGACCUGGGUGAGGCACUGGUGGAGUGCAAGCUGGAGAUCAAAGUCCCCCCUCAGGAAUAGUGAAUGUAUGUUCUCAUCCAAGGGGGCUUUACCUUCUAUGAGCUCAUGCAGCGUGGAGUGCCAUUACACCUAAUCGAUAAGUACAUGAAUGAGACAAAGGCUGUGGAGCAGCCAGAGAAGUAGUCGGACUGAGCAACCGCUGAUAAGCCUAGGCUUUCCAGAAACCUGUCACCACAACACUAGUGACCUGCCUGUAUAUCAGCAGUCAAUGGAGGGGUUGGAAAGUGAGAAAGAGGGAUGUAUUGGACUUUGGCAUGGCAUUCUGUAUGCGGAUAUGGAGCUAGUUACCAUAGAAGCAGCCAAUUCAUCAUUAGCUUUUUUUGUCAUCUCCUGGUAUUAGAAAGGCUCUGUUUAAGCUCGCAUGUUGGCAGUGAUUUGGCUAUAGCUUUUAUCUGAGAUCAGUAGUGGGGGAAAUAUACAGUAGGACAAACAGUAAUGUCUAUCUAUCACACAUUUUGUCUCUGUUGCUGAAAUGUACAAACAAUAUGGUUUUAUGUCUGUAAUGCAAUAUCUGUGAUUAGAGAUUGAACUUCAAAAGCCACAGACAAAAUGUAAACAUAUCUGACCAGGUGAUAUACAAUGAGAAGGUCAAUAGCACCUAUUAAAAUGAUGAUUUACUGAUUUCAUUUUUGUUGUUGGAGUUUGAAAAGCAUAGUUGUCUGAUCUAUGUUGAGAUUUGGGUUUUUAAAAGACAGUUAUCCAUCCUUUGUCUUCGCCUUACACUGCAUGACAUGUGCUUACUGCUUUCAACAUACUGUAUUCAAGGCUUUAGUACGUUUUUAUCUGUCAGGCCAUGUGUGCAUGCUUUUAUCUUUAAUGUGUAAUUCAUGACUCAUGGAAUAAAAUAAAAACAUGUAAAAUAUAA